AUGGGUGUUUCCGGGAAGCUGACCUCUAUGAUCCACGACGGGAGAGUGUCCCUGUUGGGACUAUUCAAGAGCACUGAGACAAAAGUGGACGAGUUGAGCAAGCAGUACACGAGGGAGGAGCAGGCUGUUGCGCAGAGGGUGAAGUCCGCGUACAGGGAUCCACCGGGUACUCUCGUUCCUGGGGUUUCCUACGCGGUGCUAGCAAUGAUGGCCGGUUCUAUAGUCACCAAACGGUACUCUUGGCCACUGCGGGUUUUCGUCCCAUUUGGUGCUGGUCUUGUAGCCCUGGAUUACAGCUUGCCCCUGACUAUGGGUGCUCUACGGGACAGGGUCUACAACUGGGAGCAAGCCAGUUUCCCAGUGCUGACGAAGAAACAAGACGAGAUUGCCAUGGAGCUGAGAGAGGGAUGGAAGGACUGUAAAGACUUCUGGGGCAAAAUCCAGGAAAAGAUUGGUAAGUGA